AUGUCUGGAAAGAAGAAAGCACAAAAAAUGUCGCUGUCCGACUUUUUGGCGGACGACUCUGGAUCCUGGGCCGAUGAAAUGGCCACUCUUCCCUCUGCUCCCGCAGCCAAAGAAGAUGUUGAUAGCCCUCGUGCUGAUCGUUUUGGUGGUCCCCGUGACAUGGAUUUGCCCAGUGGACCUGCUCGUGGUGGUGAUCGUUUUGAACGUCGUGAACGUUUUACUUCUCCUCGCCCUGAAAGAUUUGCUCCUCGUGCUCCAGUCGAAUUGCCUACCGAGCCACCUUUCACUGCUCACAUUGCCAACCUUUCCUUUGAGGCUAACGAGGAUGACUUGGCUGAUUUCUUUGGACAAAUGAAGAUUGCCAACAUCCGUAUCUUGCGUGAUCGUGAUGAGCGUUCCAAGGGCUUUGGCUAUGUUGAAUUCGAAGAUCUUGAAUCCCUUAAGGGUGCUCUUGAAUUGACAGGCGAGUCUAUGCAAGGACGUACAAUUCGUGUUAACGUGGCUGAUCCUCCCAGAGAACGUCCUGAACGUGCUCCUCGUCAGCCCGAUCGCACUGACGUAUCUUCUUGGCGUCGUGAGACACCACUUGAAUUGCCAGAGCGUCGUGGUGGUGGAUUCCGUGGUGGCCGUGGUGGAUUUGAUCGUCGUGGUGGUGAUACUUCGUGGCGUGGUGGUGCUUUUACUAGACGUGAUGACCGUUUUGGUCGUAACGAUGCUCCUGCUGAACGUCCUCGUCUCAACCUCAAGCCACGCACUGUUGAUACACCCCCAGCUGCUUCCACUCAAGGUUCUCAGAGCAACAAGCCCAACCCAUUCGGUGCUGCUAAGCCUGUUGAUACUGAGGAGGCUCUUAAGCGUAUCGAAGACAAGCUCCACAAGACCACUAUUAGCAAGUGA